CGAGCACGGUGGAUUGGGAAGACCAUACCGCAGAACACUUGCGCCCUGACGGCGAGGUAGGAAUGCUACCGCUGAAGUGUAACAUGGUUCAGUUCCGUCACAACCUCAUUCGGCCAGGACUUUGUCCCUCGUGUUGAAUUGCCUGGUUGAGGUUGUGUACAGAGCUCCACGGGACGAAGUGACUCGGCUUCUUGAACGAGGUUACUUUCAGGCAAUUCAACACCUUAGAACCUCCUGGCAUAGGCAAACCUUCACAAUCCCGCAGAUGGAAACAAAUUACCUCGUCCGCUGGCACAUGACACCUUCCCAUCUCCAGGCGCUCACCAGUGAAUACGAAAAGCUGGUCUUACACGCCCUCGACCGCUUUGACGCUGGCGACGAGCGUAUUUUCAUCUGCCGGCACCAGUUUCUUGUUUUCCUGUCACGAUGCAUGCAAGAUCCUGGGGUCGUUCGCUGCACUGCAAAGUGCCUGUACAGAGACGCUCGAGCGAUGCUGGAACGAAACCCAGGCUUUCCUUGGGAUGGGGUGUCGCGUUCCUUCGGAUUCGCAGCGAGGACCCUGACGACUGUCCACGGCCAAACCCUGAGGGACGGCGUUCCCGAACAUGUCCGUCGGAAUGCGAUCGACAAAGGAUUCGCCUAUCCGAUUGAUGCCUACAAUGUCCUCUCUCGUGGCAGCGAUGAGUGUCGACGUCAAGCAGACCGCCUUCUCAGAGAUCUUGGGGGGGAGAGUCCAUGAAUACUCAGUUCUGAGAUAGGUUUUGCACUCCAGGGUGUCAUCAUGUUGGUAAUAUGUAAUCCC